CUCGCAAAGUGGGACAGGUGGGUAACCCUUUUAGUAGUUCUCCUAUAGUCCUCAAAAACUGUUACAAAAACAGGUUAGGUGCCUGUUAUGCAGCGAACCUUGUGACCCGGAAAAGAAUUUCUUAUUGUUACCGGAAGUAGCGGGGAAUGCCUUCGUAUCUGUAGUGCCAGUUAUUACUUUUUCUUUACCCUAGCUAGAGAAGGAAGUAGUACCUCCUUUGUGAUAGCGGUGUAUUUGUAAACGUCAGAAAAGUGACAGUGAAUGCUUGGAGCCAAAUCCAGCUAGGCAGUAGAGUGUGUGCCGGGUUCCCGGGGCACUGAACCGGGCCAGAAGGGCGGUAGUAAUAGCUGGGGAUAGGACCUUUUAUGAUAUACAGCCGUGCGGGCUAAAACCCUAAGCAGUUGUAGUGCUUCUUUUGUCAGCCCAGUCUCUGUCUUUUCUUUGGUUGUUGGUGGACUACCAUAUGCUGUUUGAAAAUUGGAGUAGUUGUUACGGGACGAACCUUGUGCCAGCUUCCUUGCUUGCUUUUAACUGCGGUGCCCUGGAAUUUGUGCAGCUGAUCACUUGUCAGUGGGCUGUGGUUGUCCAAAUUAAUUGAGUGCCACCCUUUGUUUCUGAACCGUCACCACCCGCUGCUGGUCAGUGGGCAGUCGUGGAACCCCCUGCUGCUCGGCUUAGUGCCAGUACGGAGUUUAUGCUUCUGGCCCCUGCUGUCUUCACCAUGGAUGAUUUUAUUUCCAUCGGACUGCUUUCCCUUGCCAUGUUAGUGGGGUGUUACGUGGCAGGAACUAUUCCCCUGGCUGUCAACUUUUCAGAGGAAAAGCUGAAGUUGGUUACUGUCCUGGGUGCUGGAUUGUUGUGUGGAACUGCCCUAGCUGUGAUCAUCCCUGAAGGCGUGCAUGCACUUUAUGAAGAGGUUCUUGAAGCUAAACACCAGCAUGUAGACGAGGUGAAGAAUGCAGAGGAAAGUAGCAAGACUGGUGAGACUGUUUCAGAGCCUGUGCACAACCAUGAGAAUUUGCAUGCAUACAUUGGUGUCUCGUUGGUUCUGGGAUUUGUCUUCAUGCUCCUAGUUGAUCAAAUUGGAACUUCCCAUGUACAUAAUACUGAAGAUCCUGAAGCAGCAAGAACAGCUAAUUCAAAAAUCACCACGACGUUAGGACUGGUGGUACAUGCAGCAGCUGAUGGUGUUGCACUGGGUGCAGCUGCCUCAACAUCACAGACUAGUGUGCAGUUAAUAGUUUUCGUUGCAAUUAUGCUGCACAAGGCACCUGCAGCUUUUGGUCUGGUAUCCUUUCUUAUGCAUGCUGGUCUUGAGAGAAAUCGAAUACGAAAGCAUUUGCUGAUUUUUGCAUUAGCAGCACCAGUUUUGUCAAUGCUAACAUACUUGGGGCUUAGCCAGAGCAGCAAAGAAGCUCUUUCUGAUGUCAAUGCCACUGGAGUAGCAAUGUUGUUUUCUGCUGGAACAUUCCUUUAUGUUGCCACAGUUCAUGUUUUGCCUGAAGUAGGCGGGGCUGGUCACAGCCACAAACCUGACUCAAAUGGUGGAAAGGGUCUUGGACGCCUUGAAGUUGCAGCUUUGGUUGUUGGGUGCCUUAUCCCAUUAGUUCUGUCUAUGACCCACCAACACUAAGUAUGUCCUGCAGAGAUAAACUGGGCUGAUCAAUUUUCAGCAGUUCAGUCUGUGCCACUUGGCUGGGGCCAUGUGAUUCAUUCUAGCUUUUUCCUCAAAGGGACAAAGAGGAUCGUGCAAAAUUUUGAAGUUGAAAGCAGUUUGAUCAGCUGUAAAUAACAACUUUGGUGAUUUCUUAAUAUUAAAUAAUGUGAUCUUCUGUGAAAUGAAACCUAAAAUUAUUUCAAAAUGUGUGAUCUCUCUUAUGGGGAGCCUGGCAAUAGUUAGUACAGGAGAUAGUCGAUAGAUACUGUUCUUUCUGGGGAAGGUUCUGAAUUUGUUAUCAAAGGUGAGACAUUGUUAUAUUUUUGCUAAGGAAUAUUGGAAUAUUUAACAUUUUUUUUAACUUGCUCUUCUGACCACCUUAUGACAGCAUUACUUAUGAAGUUGCAGCUCAGUCCCAAGAUCAUACAAAAAAUGUGUAAACCAUGUGUCUUUGACUUGUGGAAUCACUGUAGAGUUGUUAUGGUGACUUAUAGUUGUGUGAGAAUGGUACUUGAGUGAAGAAAAUGCAUAGUUUAAAGUAGGACCAUGGCACUGACAUUCAAGCAUCAGAAAUGAAGAUAUUUACUAGCCUAGAGAAGAAGCCCCCAACCUCAUUUCAGUCCGUGAUGCUUAAUAACUCGUAUGUUUUACUCCAGGGCAUGUUUGUGGUAGAGUCGAAGGUAAGCAUGGAUAAGAUGCCAUGUUAUGCAUCUUUUAUUUAAAAAUGGUAAAAGAUUGUAAGAACUUAAACUGCAAAUAUCUAGAAUGGAAAAGUUAUAUGUUUUAUUUUAUUGAAUGAAUUCUAGCAAAAUCUUUUAGUGCUGUCUUAAAAGCUUGUACUUGUUAGAGACAUGAGUGUCCAAAAAGUAUUUAUAUUUUAGCUUUUAUAGUACUCCAUAGACAGGUUGGUAACUAAAUAAGAGUACAACCUUUUGAUGAGGAGUGUAAGCGUAUUUUUUAAUGGUAAAGUAUAACUGUUGUGUUGGGAAUUCCCUUUGGUGUAAUGAGACAUAAUAUCCCUUUUAAUGCUUGUCUCUGGUAAAGAGAUUUUUCCUUUUUGGGCAGAUCUGUUUUGCUGAUAGUGCUGCUCAUUGCCUUUUUGAUGAGGGAAGUAUACCAAGUCCACCACUUUCAGAGGUAUGCAUUUUAUAAAAAAAUAAAAAAUAAAUAAAUAACCAGUGAGUGAUGUGUGGUGAUGCAGCAUGUAUUGCCGGGAUCUUUCAUACUGCAGUAUAGAAGAGUUGUGUUCAGGCUCAUUCAUAAUGCAGUAUACUGUGUGGUUCAGCAGUAAUUACAUGAACAUGUAACAUUUUAUUUUCAUGUGGUAGCAGCAAAGUGUGCAUUGGAACUGCAUCAUUUCCGGAGUUUGGCAUCUUAUGCAUUCCCGCCACCUUGUCUGAAGUGUUACUAUGACUUUGAACAUUAACAUUUAUGUACAGGUUUUUUGGCAAGAAAGGACUUUUGCUGUUGGAGCCUUUUUUUUUUACGUGGUCGUGACGUACCAUAACAAGGUUUGAUUGUUGACAGCAAGCCCUUUUGUUCAAAGUAAGACUGUGUUCCCAAACUUUUCCAGUAAUUUUAAUUUAGUAGUGUAGUCAAGACGGUUAAGACUUUGAGCUGUUAAUAGGCUGUAUGCUGUGUACCAGACUAAUUCUUCAAGUCUUUACUUACAUACUUUGUGACUGAGCAAGUUAGCUAACUAGAGCAGAACACUGUUUAUCCUGAAGAGGUCAGUUUUUCUGGUUGGAUUAAACCAGUUGAAAAUUAAAAAAAUGCAAGACCAUUAAAAGAAAAUACUGUGCUUGUGUACGUUUACCAGUGUUUAUGUUUGGAAGAAAUUUACCAUUGUGCUUACUGCCAUGUCAAAAAUAUGAGCUGGGUGUACAUGUCCUUUUGUACAUCGUGGCACAAGACACCAGCAGCUGAGUACAAAACCCUUCUUAAAUCAAUGUAUUUGGCAUGAACCAGUCCAUCAGACUGCACUUCAUUAGGGUGAAUGCUGUGCUCAUCUGAAAACUUUGAUUUGGCAAGACUGUCUGUCACCUCAUGCAACUUAAUUUUGUAUUUUAAAAUUAAAAUGUGGCUGUAAGUGUGUGUGUGUGUGUCUAGGAGUAUCAGGAAGAUGAUAAACUUUGAUUAGUUGUAUGUCAUUCAGUUAAAAUGAUCAUUCCAUAACAGGUGGCCUUAUAUAUAUAUAUUUUUUUUGAUUUCUCGUAAUUGUGAACAGUAAGAAAUGUUGCAUUUUUUAUUGUCUUAAAAUAAAUUAUUAGGUCUGUUUUUUUCAUGUCAUGUCUGUGAGUUACUGAGUGACUGCUGUUUUCAAAAUAAAUAUAAAUGAAAAAGCUGUGUGUGACACCCA